AUGAGGAGAGGAGAACAGGAGAAGCCGAGAAGAGGAUCGUACAGAAACAAAAUGAGAAUGAGGAACACGAGGAGACACGAGGAACAGAGGAGACGCGAUGAAGAGUAUUGUACAAAAUCUAGGGGAAACACUUUAUCUAAUGUUUCUAGCAUUCGUACAAGUGUGGAUAGUAAUCUCAAUAGUAUCAAGGGGAACACACCAUCCAAUGUUUCCAGCAUUCGGACAAGAGUGGAUAACAAUCUCAAAAGCAUUAGGGGAAACACUUUAUCUAAUGUUUCUAGCAUUCGUACAAGUGUGGAUAGUAAUCUCAAUAGUAUCAAGGGGAACACACCAUCCAAUGUUUCCAGCAUUCGGACAAGAGUGGAUAACAGUCUCAUAAGCAUCAGGGGAAACACUUUAUCUAAUGUUUCUAGCAUUCGUACAAGUGUGGAUAUUAGGCUCAAUAGUAUCAAGGGGAACACAUCAUCCAAUGUUUCUAGCAUUCGUACAAGUGUGGAUAAUAGUAUCAAAUCUUCAAAGUAUUCUCAAUAUUCGUAA